CCGUGCAAUUUCGUGGCUUAUAAACUUGCUACUGUUAGACCCUAAUUCCAGUCUUGCCCAGAUCGGAGUCCAAAAAGGGCAUCGCAGCCUAGAGCUCUCUUCCCGACUUACAUACGUUCUUCUCACAUUUUUUUGUACUUAUACUUCUUUUUCGCUUCGAAAUCGUCCUCGAAAUAUCAACGAAUAUUCGAUCGCGUAGCUGUGGUCACCCCGUAACAUUGUCAUCUUCUCAUUAACAACACCCACAAUGGCCGCCAAAUCAUCCCCUCUCAUUACUGUCUACCGCGGCUUCCCAGAAACCGGUUGCUACAUCUGGUCCCCCUUCGUCACAAAGCUGGAGGCCCGUCUCCGUUUCGCCAACAUCCGCUACCGCACCGAACAAGGCGCCAUCCCCAAAUCUCCGCGUGGCAAGGUCCCUUACGUCUCCAUCCAGCAUGGCCAGCAGCCGCCGCAGACGCUCUCAGAUUCCACCCUGAUCACCAAAGCGCUGAUUGAGGAGGGGUACAUAGAGGAUCUGAACCAGCACCUGUCUCCGACUGAGCGACUGCAUGACCUGGCGCUCAAGGCAUUGCUAGAGGAUAAGUUGCCUUCUUAUCAGACCUACGAGCGAUGGAUCCUGAACUUCUACACCAUGCGCUCCAAGAUCCUCGCUGCCCUCCCCUGGCCCGUCCAGGUCGUCGUUGGCAACAUCAUCUACCGCAAAGUGACACGCAAUCUCCAAGGCCAGGGUACCAUGGCCUUCACCGAGGAUGAAAUCAGUGCGUUCCGGAAGGAGAUCUGGGCGAGUCUGAGUGCGGUGGUGGCGGAGGCGCAGGCGAAGCAGUCCGAUCGGGACGGGCCGUUCUGGGUCUGGGGUGGAGAGACGCCGACGGAGGUGGAUGCGGUGCUGUUUGGGUUCGUUGUGUCCGGGUUGGUGUGUGAUGCCGCACCGGCCUCAAAGGAGAUUAUCAAGGGGUAUCCGGCUCUGGUUGAUUAUGCGAGACGGAUCCAUGAUAAGUACUUUCCUGACUACGAGCUGUGGGAGUAGUGAUCGAUGUAUUCCUUUUUAAUACAAGGUGUCGAUCUCUUGCAGUAUCACUAGUGGAAUAUAUGACAAUGAGUGGCUCAAAUCUGGCUGAUAAAUAUACUGACAUUCUCAUGGUAUGGACCUUUGCUCGUGGCGACGGACAUAUUCCUCAUUAAAAACCUGCUAUAUUUACAUGAUACUUGCUUUUGUGCCGAUAGUGUUGUACCUACACUGCUGAUAUGGAUGAAUGUACCAUUUUGCAGCUCAUAAUCUUCCUCGCUU